CACGCGCUCCCUGGAGGCGACGCCCCACCUCUCUCACCUCCCGUUCUUGCCCCGCUGGCCCCAGCGCCCAUGAUCCCGGGGCUAGGCGGACCCUGGUCCGCGCCUCCCUGCAGGCGCGCUGUCCCCGCUGGCCCCAGCGGGAUGGGCCUGAGCCCAGCAGCCAGCGGGGAGUACAGGAUCCGCCUUUCCAGGGUCCCAUGGCCACGCCCCACGCAGAUCUCGAGGACCACAAGUACCGAGUCAAGUGACACCCAAUCUACAACUGGACAGUCAACUGUACCCCACUCAGACUCAGCGAGUUCUCAAGCGCUGUUGGUCCAGAUCUUGCCGAAGCAACUCAAGCAAGACUGCCGAUUAGAACAGGCCCGAAGCUUUUGGCAGGGAGAGAAGCCGGAAACUAAUUUGGAGCUCACACCCAGCAAGACGAGGACAGAGCUGAGUCCAACAUCAAAUUCAGAGAUUGAAGGCAUACAAAAAACCCAAGCAGCUGAGGGCAAUCCAAGACCCAGACCUGGAGACCUGAUUGAGAUUUUUCGAAUUGGCUAUGAACAUUGGGCCAUCUAUGUGGAAGAUGACUGCGUGGUCCACCUGGCUCCCCCAAGUAAGAGUGGAUGGAUAUGCUUCUGGAAUAGUGGUUAG